AUGUCAAGUCGCCAGCAGAUCGAUUCCGUCAUUGAUGAUGACGAUGAGUUCUGCCCCCUCUGCAUCGAAGAGUUCGACUUGUCGGAUAAGAAUUUCAAACCAUGCCCCUGCGGAUAUCAGAUUUGUCAAUUCUGUUACAAUAAUAUCAAGACUCAAAACGAGGAAGGUCGAUGCCCAAAUUGUCGACGAGUUUAUGAUGAAAGCACUAUUCAAUACAAAGUGCCCGACGCAGAUGAGUAUGUUCAAAGCAGACCUUGCAUUAAAACACCGCAAAGCGGCUGCCGCGAAGAAGAAGGAAGCAGAGAAGCGGGAAAUUGAAGCCUCGAGUCGAAAAAACCUUGCCGGCGUCCGUGUUGUGCAGAAGAACCUCGUCUACGUGAUUGGUCUCAACCCUACAAUACGCGACGAAAGCCAACUGCUUCAAACUCUGCGCGGAAAAGAUUACUUCGGCCAGUAUGGGGAAAUUGAGAAGAUCGUCGUCAGUAAGGCUAAGCCUGGCGGUAACCCGAACCAAGGUAUAGGCGUCUACGUUACGUAUGCUAAGAAGAGCGAUGCUGCGACCUGCAUUGCUGCGGUGGAUGGUUCAGGGAACGGUGACAGGAUUCUAAGGGCGCAAUAUGGAACCACUAAAUAUUGCUCGUCCUUCCUGCGCAAUGAGCAAUGUCAUAAUAGGAACUGCACAUUUUUGCACGAAACAGGCGAAGACAGCGAUAGCUACAGUCGCCAAGAUCUUUCGUCAAUGAAUUCACUCCCGAGUCAACAACGGCCGAACGGUACCGCCGGCCCAAGCUCUGCCACCCCUCCGUACAUUGCACGGUCUUCGGCACAACCAAUCUCGCAAACAUUACGACGACAACCAAGCAAAGACGACGCUGGUGGGACUGCGCUUCCAUCAUCUGCUAGUUGGGCAAACAAAGAUUCGGCGAUCAAUCGAACACGACGUGCCAGCCUGACAGGUAGCCAAGCUUCUCAAAGCCCACGAUCCGCUCUCGCGACAGUUGCCACGCCCUCGGACGAUACUAAGCGCGUUGAAAAACAACAAACGCAACAAGAUCGUCCUCAGACUACUCAGACUCCCUCACCGGAGGCGCCAUCAUCAAGUCCUCCCCGGCCACCGUCGGCACAGACCCCCGCCGAUAAAGGCACGCCGCUUUUAGAUAACCUGUUGAAAGCUGUCAAUUCUCCGUGCUUCAAAUUUAUUUUCUCCGCGGCUGGUCUCCCACCAGACGAACUUGCUCUCAUCGAUAAUCAUCCGUCGCUCAUCGACCCAUACGGUGGCGUAAAACGUCGCGCUAUGCGUGAGAAGGCUGAGCAGGAACGCACCAAGCGAGAACAGGAACUUCUACAGUCUGUACCGGCCGCUACUGCCGAAGAUGAGGGUCGUGAGAGUGGCAGUCUCCAGCUCGGUGGUGAACCAGACGAUACUAAUCCUCCGCGAGGUCGUGCGGGUCGCGAGUCUCAUGGUGCUAUUCAGCCCCCAUCACAACAAGGCACAACUACAAGUUCAGCUGUUGGCUCUCCCGUGUCCGCUGCUAGCCAUCACUUCCAGGGCAUCAACCUAAGUAACCGCAGUUUGACACCAUUGCAACAGCAGCAACUUAUGCUUCUCAAGUCCGCUGGUAAUCAACAGGCAGGCCUUGUCGAUCCCAUGCAGUCAGGGGUCGGUUCUAAUGCGUUGGAUCAUGCCGCGCAAGCUCGGCAGAGCCUGCUGCAAAGCCAAGCUGCCCAGCUUAAUGCUCUCCAGCAAGCCCAGAGAGGCCAGAAUUCGCGGUUCUCAUUUGCAGACGCCAAUGCCAAGAACCUGGCCAAUACCCGGAUGCUGAACCAAGCCUCAUUGAUGCAGUCCGGUACACCUAAUCCGCUUGCCGCCCCUAGUCCACAGCAUAGUCUUGCCAGCAAUUACUACACCAGUGGCGUUCAAGGACCUCCUCCAGGCCUGAAGACAGCGGGUACUCCUCCUGUUAGUGGUGGCGGUAUGUUUGCACAAGGUCACGGUUUCACAUCAAAUGUCAAUCUGUUGGGUGGCAAACAGGAAGCCAACCCCGAGUUAAUGCGCGAGCUGCUGCGCGGCCGCAGCGGUACCAAUGCAAGUGGUUUACCGGAUCAAGAUAGUAAGCGUGAGUUAUUAUUUCCUUCCCUCCUCCAGCACCAAACUCCCCCUCCCCUGACUCCUGUCAAUGGCCUUCUCAGCUCUGUCUAUGGCGCUCAGGCGGGGAAUACCUCCGACUCUGGGUCACAGAAGCAGAGGAAGAAGGGGAAGAAGCAAAGAAAUGCUAACACUUCCUCUGCUGGAGGCGGUGUAGUACAUCUUGCAGACCCGAGUAUCCUGCAGGCGAGGAUGCACCAGGUCGGUGCGAAUGCUGUUGCUGGUCAAGGACUGUAUGGGAGUCAGGGUCAAGGUGGGUACGCCAUGAUGUAUGGCAGCGGUUUCAACCGUUGGUGAUUGUUGUUUCCCUCUGCACCUCCUUGGAUCACAUCUUC